ACGCCAUGUUUCGCACUCACUUGUCAUCGCGUGAUACUCGGCGUUGCUCUUUCCGUUGCGAUUCCGCACAGUUGCGGACAAAUCAGCCAGCAACAUGGCUUCUGUUAUCAAGCGAUUUGAACCCGUAUUAUCGAUCGGAGCAUCACACACGGCUUGGACGCGAUGCGCAUUGGGAUUCGGCGGCGCAGGCAGUUUCAUCCACGGUAUCUUGCUCCUUUGGGUCAACCGUGCAUCAUUCUUCCACAGUCUGGCUCACCUCCACGAUCACCACCGGGGAAGAGCUCACAAACAGGAGGCGCUGAAAUGUACGGAAGAGGUGCGGAAUAUCAUUCCUUUCCUUCUGACUAUUGGGGGCGCAGAAAAUGUUGUUUACGAUCACGAGGGCUGGCUUUUCCUACCGUUUCUCUCUAUCUCCCCCUCUCUAUUCCGUUUCAUUCUCUUUGCUUUUCUAGCCUUUCUCGAGACUUGUACUUGAUAUCUACCCGCUGUCUGUUCCCAUUCCGUCUCUGGCUUGUACUGCUCUUUAUUCCCUGACUCUCUCGCGCGAGCAUUUAGCGAGUUUAGAAAAGCAG